UGAUAAAAGCCACCCAGCUUUCUUCGCGGCCGAUCCGCUGUCCCCCAAGUCCUCCGAGGUUGAGUCGGGCGACAACCAACAAUGCCCCUCCCGGUCCUCCCCAAGCAACCAAUACCCGGGGUCACUCUCUCGGUAACAAGCCUCAUCGCCCUCGCUGAUCUCCAUACCAUUGCGAACCGUGCUGCGCUUACGGGGACUUCUUCCUGGGCCGACGCCCUGGUCCUCGCCCCGGGCUUGCACUACCAGCAUGCGGCCGAAUGCAUCGCUGGGAACAGCGGUAACGGGACCUCCUCCGAAGCCUCUGGCUCUGGCGGAGAUGAUGGUAAAGGCAACGCCGAUGGUAACGGCGGCAGAAAGACCACGAGACCAGCCGGCGUCUAUGGCACGCAGGAACACCCCGGCGGGCGGACGGCAGACUUCCGGGUCACAAACCCGGGGAUGCUAUUCUUUCUAUCGCAACUCAAGGAGCGGGAAGAGCGCGCGCAGAAGCGUGAGAGAAAGAGGAGGAGAAAAAGAACCGACAGCGUUGUCGAAGCUCUUGGAGCUGACGCCGAGGACAGCGGGGGCGAGGAGAAGAUUAUCGACGUCGACAUCGGCCCGUCUGGCCACCGGCACCACAGGCACGGCGAGGCCUCUGCGCAUCACCCGCACUGGAAUGAGCGCGGCAGCCAUCUGCUGUACCUCGCGACCCCGGCGCUCACCGUCGCGGCUAUAACAGCCAUGGUUUUACUGGCGGACUGGUGGGGCCUCGGCUCGAUCCUGGCUCUCAUCGGUUCCCGUAUCCUCAACAUCUACACUAUCAAACAACGCACGCCCUUGACUCCUCCUAAACUGCGAACCCCGGCGUCAUCCCCCACUAAGAUCUCUGAGUACCUUGUCCCGCUCUCACCAAAGGUCAAAGUGCGUAUGCGUGGCACGGCCGCUGAUCUGGCCUCCCUAACGACUGACGCCUGGCAACUCUCUAAGACGGCUAUGCAGGGCUACCUUGAUGCCGUGGCAAAGCUAGCCGUAUACAUAGUGGCCAUCUUUAGCAGUAACGUCUCGCAGGCAGGAAACCUCAUAAUGCUGGGGCUGCUGCUGGCCAGCGCCGGCCUGCUUGGGCUGAGCAACGGGUCUGCUAAGAGUGUGCGGGGCCAGGGACGCAUCGCCAGGGAGUGGAGCGGGAACAGGCAGUGGCAUCCGGAAUGGACAGACACCAGGGUAGCGGGGACGCAGCCGACGCAGCGGGCUGGAACACGUAGGGAUGGAAGGUCAUCAGCCUUCUUUUGAGAGAGAGACGUGGAGUAUUCGUAGAAUGUUGAGGGGGAUUAUUCAAGGCGUUAGGCCAAGUCUGUGAUUGUAGCAGGGAGGCAUUGGAAACAACGGCAUUGUGAUUGAUGGGGAAGCGAAGCAGCUGGCUAUCAAGAUAGGUUUCCUGCUUCAUAUACAAUAGCGUCUUCUCUGAC